AUGGACGAGGGGAAUAAGCCGUGUCCCACAGUGUUUCCCCGGUUGAACAAGACGACGGGGAACCUCCAAGAUCUCGACACACCGACCCGGCAGGAGGUCUCUGCCCAGGUGCAGCUGCCGACGCGCAUACAGCUGAGUGACAAGCAACGGAUUGUGACCGCAUGCUGGGCUACACUACUCGGCCGAUAUACAGAGAGCCGCAGUGUCAUAUUUGGGAUCGCGCAGAGUGGAAGCGCAGAGAAGGAUCAUAUACCAUCGACGAUGAUUCGUGUCGAGCACUGGCUGUUGCGUGGUCGGGCGGGCAGCAAGCUCCUAGACGCUGAGCGGAGAGAGUUGGGUCAAAAGUGGCUAGACGCACCCCUCGAAUUUAACACGGCCAUAGUCUUUCCCAGAGAGUGGAACAACCAGCAUGUGUCCGACUCUAAAGAAGGGGUUUUGCUCUCUACCACGGAUGUGGCUGUCAUACAUCCCACCGCGACCGGUCCGGCAUUACCAGAGUGCCUUAUUUUACGAUUUAACCCUUCGUUUAUUUGCCGACCGUACUCCCAAGCAAUCAUCAAUACACUGGCCUCGAUGGUUGGGCAGGUUGCAAGAUACCCUGACACAAGAGUGGACGAUGUGGCCUUGCUUGGCUCGGGCUACAUACAAACAGUCGCAGAAUGGAAUGGUAUAGGCGCGCUCUCGGAGCCCCACGAGCAGAUUCAUACCCUGAUAUCUCGCCAAUGCGUUUCCCGGAGCGAGUCCGAGGCCAUGGUCGGCCCUGGCGGGAGCAUCACCUACGCCGAACUGGAUCGACGUGCCGAGGCUGUUCGACGAUGGCUGCACCGGCAAGGCGUUGGCCGGGGCGAUGCGUUGCCCAUAUGUUUUGAGAAAUCCAUCUGGGUUGGAAUCGCCAUGCUGGGUGUUUUGCGAACAGGAGCCGCCUUUGUGCUCAUGGACCCCUCGCACCCGUUUGCGCGGCUCCAGGACAUGUGUAGCGAUAUCGAGCCCAAGGUCAUCAUCACCUCCAGACUCCAGGCACCCAUUGCGCAACGACUAGGAGCAAGCCGUUGUCUUGUUCUUCCCGACGACCUUGAUCACAAAUCCAAUCCUGUUCUUCCUGCCCCUGCCGAUGCAUACAAUGCUACCCCGCAGGAUGCAGCGUAUAUCGCGUAUACUUCCGGGUCGACCGGACGGCCAAAGGGGAUCAUCGUGGAACAUGGGGCAUUUUGCGCUAACGCGAUUCUGAGCAGCAGAUUCCAAGAUCUUAACGUGCACUCGCGCGUGCUUCAAUUCGCAUCCUACGCCUUUGAUAUCAGCAUUCAGGAAGUGCUCACGACGCUGAUUGUGGGUGGUUGCGUCUGCAUCCCGACGGAAGAACAACGGCUCGGUGACCUGGCCGAGGUCAUCGGUCAGUUACGCGUCAAUUGGGUAGAACUGACCCCCUCUGUCUCGAGACUACUACGCAGGGACGCCCUCAACAUUCGGACCCUUGUCCUGGGCGGCGAGCCCAUGACCCCCUUGGAUAUAGAAUACUGGUCUGAUCACGUCCAUCUUGUCAACGCCUAUGGACCAGCUGAAUGCAGCGUCGUCACCACCAUCCAACCUGCAGUUGACGCGUCAGACCCGGCCAACAUAGGGCGGAGCUACAGUGGGACCUGCUGGGUAGUAGAUCCGGACAACUACCAUCAACUCGCGCCCAUUGGGGCCGUUGGCGAGUUGCUAGUGGGGGGACCAAUCGUCGGUCGGGGAUACUUGAAUCGACCGACUGAGCGCCGCUUUAUUGAGAGUCCCCGGUGGGCUGCGGCAUUCAACAUACACAAGCAGAACCACUUCUACCGCACCGGCGACCUCGUCCAGUAUGCACCGGAUGGGUCCCUACGCUACAUUGGACGUCGCGAUACAGAGGUCAAGAUUUCCGGGCAGAGGAUCGACCUUCAGGAAAUCGAAAUCCAAGCCGCGGCAAUGCAGCUGGGCUUGGCUGUCGCUGCUGACGUUGUCUGUGUUGAUGGUGAUGGUGAAGCAAAUUCCAUUUCGCUGUUUUUGACAGAGGCCAUUACAAAUGCCCCGCAAACGUUGUCACCCGCGAAACUAGACCCUGGAAACGUGGGCCUGCAGAGGGCCGGGUCUGAGGUCCGCUUGUGGCUGCAGAAGACCCUUCCUCCGUACAUGCUGCCUUGUUUUUACAUCCCUCUCACCCAUUUGCCGCUUUCUGCCACAGGAAAAGUUGACAGGAGAAGGCUGAAGGAGCUCGGCAAGGCUUAUAUUGAACUGACUAAAGACCAGGCGACCACCUGCUCCGAGCUAUGUAGUCGGAGGCUGAACUGUGUAGAAAGUGCUCUGCAAGAACUCUUUGGUGAAUUACUAGGACGCCCGAUGGACACUAUAAAGCCAGACGAUAACUUCUUCCAUCUCGGGGGAUCCUCUGUCAAAGCGAUCAAGCUCGCGUCACGGGCUCGCGACAUUGGCCUUCCUGUCACGGCCGGGGACGUUUUGACUCUUCAGACAAUCGCUGCUCUCGGUCACCUCGCUUCGACAACUUCAUCAUUACCAUCCACAUGGACAAUCACCCCGUCGUCCUCCUCCUCCAAUAGCAGCAGAGCCGAGGGUAUGGACCUGGUGCACUUGCACAGUGACAUCCCGCCCACCGAUAUUGAAGAGAUCCUCCCCUGCACUCCCACGCAGGAAGCACUCGUGGCUCUUUCGUUGCAGCCAGGUAUCUCCAUGACGGGCCGUUUCAUGUUCAAAAUUUCGCCUUCCGUCCCGAUAGCCCGGUUCCAGACCUCAUGGGAGGAGGUUGUAGCGGCAAACCAAAUCUUGCGGACGCGGAUCGCCCAAGACCACGAUGGGAAGCUUCGGCAGAUUGUGCUAAAGCAAAAAAAGACAAACUGGACCAUGGAGGUAGAGCUGAGCAAGGUGGACGAGCGAUUCAACCGCGAUCAUCGAGCCAUACUGGGAAAGCCACUGGCACAAUUUGCCAUUGUCGGAGAGCAACCGUCGGCUGUGUUCAUUCUCGAUAUGCAUCAUGCAAUAUUCGAUGGAUGGAGCUUUCUGCAAAUCAUUGAGGACCAAGGCACCUCGUACGCCGGAAGAAAGCUCCCUCCAGCGCCGCCAUAUCGGGUCUUUAUUGAGCAUAUCAUGGAUAUCGACGCUGCAGACACUUGUAGAUUCUGGACAUCUGAGUUUGCGCAUCUUAAAGCCAGCCCAUACCCUGCUACACCAGACGGCUGGCGAGCCGAGGGGGAGUUUUCCAGGACGACUAGGCGGAUAAACCUGCCAGCCCACGGCCGUAGAAAUAAUCACAGGCUGCCGUCGGCCAUCAAGCUUGCAUGGUCCUUGGUUGUUUCCGCGCAGACCAGCUGCAACGAGGUUGUUAUCGGAGUGGUAGAGAGCGGCCGCCACGCCCCAGUUCCAGCCAUCGACCGGAUCACCGGACCUACCAUCGCAACGGUACCGCUUCGAGUCAACCUGCAGCCAGAUAUGUCGGUGGAUGGAAUGUUGCGCGCCCUCUCCGGGAAGUCCAUCGAGGCAGUGCCCUAUCAGCACACGGGUCUGCAGCGCAUCCGGACGUUCAGUUCCGAGGCAGCACUGGCCUGUGAUUUCCAGAACCUCCUAGUCAUCCAACCGCAAAGUAUGAGCAUUGAAUCGGAAAUUAUGACCAGUGUGCCCGGAAACCACGAGGAGAUUCGCCACUUUUGCUCACAUGUGUUGACGAUUGUCGUCGAAUUGGAACGAGACGACUCGAUAAACCUGACGGCGUUCUUCGAUUCAGCCAUACUUUUGCCCGACAAAGUUGACAGUCUCUUAAAUGGCCUAGAAUCCGUACUGGAGAUCCUCCUCGAGCAACCUGACCUAAAGAUAGGUCACAUCCAGUUGUGUACCAAGGCCGAGCGCAGCGAGAUGGAACGGUGGAACAGCGCAGCCUGCUUCACCGGCGACCUUUUGUGCGCGAGCGACCUGAUUGUCGAGAAUGCAAGGACGCGACCCAAUGCGGAGGCUGUACGCGCCUGGGACGGAACCUUGACGUACGGACAACUGUUGACACAGGCCUGCGCCCUCGCGGAUUAUUUGCAGUUGCAGGGUGUCGGCCUAGAGACCAUCACGCCCAUCUGUACCGAGCGAUCCAAGUUCCAGGCCGUCUCAGCACUGGCAGUUAUGAUGGCUGGAGGAGCGUUUGCACUACUGGAGCCGUCCUUCCCGGUUGAGAGGCUCCGUUAUAUUUGCGACCAGAUUAAGGCGCCGCUCAUCCUGACGACGGAAAAACAACGCGAGUUGUGCGGCAGUCUCGUACAGAGAGUAAUAGAUCUGAGUAAAGAAGAUGCUACAAGAAUGACUCCAGGGGAGAUUAACUUGUACCACAAACGGAACUUGGCGAGUGCCUCUGAUGCCAUGUAUGUUGCAUUCACAUCUGGCUCAACGGGGGUCCCCAAGGGCGUGACAAUCGAGCAUGGUAUGUUUUAUGCCUCACUGCAGGGUUAUAAAAAGGACAUGGGGUUAUCUGCGAGCUCCCGCGUCUUAUUCUUCGCGUCACCGGCCUUUGACAUUUCUGUCAUGGAGCUCCUCUAUCCUCUGGUGGCAGGAGGUUGCGUCUGCAUCCCCUCUGAGACCCAGCGCCUGGUCGACCUCGCGGGGGCCAUUAACCAGCUCGAGGUAAAUUUCGUGAUCCUGACCCCUUCGGUAAUCCGGUUGCUUAGGCCGGCCGAGAUCCCUCAUGUGCGCACCGUCCUUCUCCUCGGGGAGUCCAUGUCCGCUUCGGAUGUGGCGACGUGGGCGAAUGCCGUACGCCUGAUUUGCGGGUACGGCCCGGCGGAAUGCACGCUUCUAUCGACGAUUACGGAAAGGAUCCAACCGGGCGCGAAUCCAUUCGAUAUUGGCAGGCCGGCGGCGGGCACCUGCUGGGUUGUCAACCCGGAAAAUCAUCACCAGCUCGUACCCCGAGGCGCGGUCGGAGAGUUAGUCAUUGGCGGUCCAAUUGUUGGCAGGGGGUAUCUGCGUAAACCUGAAGAAACGAAUGCCGCAUUCAUCCGAGACCCAGUGUGGUCGGUAGUAGGGGCAGGUGGUCAGUCAUCGGGCACCAGCAGCGAACACCACCACCGGUUUUAUAAAUCGGGCGAUCUUGUGCGGGUAGUCAAAGGUAGCAGCAACAAGGUGACCCUGGAGUACCUCGGACGCAAGGACAUGCAGGUGAAGCUGCAAGGGCAGCGGAUUGAGCUUGCCGAGCUUGAAUACCAAGCCGAAAGGGCCCUUGACGGCGGGGCGAUGGCCAUUGCAGACGUUGUGCAGACGGAGAAGAAUAGUGUGUCGGCGGGCAAGCUGUUGAUGUUUCUACACGUCAACUCGAGCACUUCAUGCAAGAAUGCUAGCUUGUUUCUUCCCAUUUCUCCGGCAAUCAGACUAGUCACUACGGCUGUACGUGAGCACCUCCUUCGGACCCUGCCUCGAUUCAUGGUUCCCUACGCAAUAAUUCCACUCGGAUUUGUUCCACUUUCACCAAGUGGCAAGGCGAACCGCAAGCUCCUGAGGAGCAAGGCUUGCACUCUGGACAGAAAAUACAUUGAGGACUGCAAGGGAGACCAAGACCCUGUGGUCAAGCGACUGCCAGCAACGGACGAAGAAAGACUCGUUUGCCAAAUCUUUGCGGACACCUUGGCUCUAGAUGCCAGGUCAAUAACAAUGGACGACGGGUUUUUCUCGCUGGGCGGAGACUCUGUUUCUGCCAUGCAGGUCCUGGCAUCGCUCAGGAAACGCGAUAUUCUAAUCGGCAUGGCCGACUUUCUGGACAGCAAUACCCCCGCGCUGGUCCUAGGGGCGGUUAGCCAAUCGAAAAGUUCGGAUCAUCAGAGGGAGCUGCUGCGUGCUUUGGGGGACGACGACACGGGAAUCGUCGAGCUGGGACCGAUCCAGAGAUUAUUUUUCCACUUUAACCCCAAUCCCCAGACGAUGAGGUUCAACCAGAGCAUGUUCCUGCGGGUGCCAGAACACAUCGGUCACUCCAAGUGGUAUGAGGCUCUGCGGGAGGUUGCCAUGGUCCACCCGAUGCUUCGCGUCCAAGUGCAACAUGAUCAUCACCGUCGUGACGGGCACACUACCAGCCAGGUACACGUACAGCCAACGCCCAGCAGAAGCUUGGAAGUGCAGCAGCAUUAUUGCAGCGGGGUAAAGGAGAUUCUCGCUAUUGCAGAACAGUCGCAGGCCAGGAUAAAUCUCGUUUCGGGACCCGUUAUUUCGUUGGACAUUUUUACUGCAAAGGACGGCACGUCGCAUGCGUUGUUCAUUGCGCACCACCUAGUCGUGGAUCUUGUUUCCUGGAGAAUCAUUCUCCGCGACUUGGAAUCAUUCCUUCGCACGGGAAUUAUUGAACCCUGCCCUCUCUCGUUUGAAAAGUGGGUGCGUGGGCAAAAGGAGUAUUUGAAAAGGCACCACCACUCGGGGCCUCGAAGCACCCUGCCAUACAACGUAUAUCCACCCAAUCUUUGUUAUUGGAAUAUACAUUCCGAGACAAACACGUUUGGCCGCAUGAAAUCUCUAAGCUUCAAGCUGAAGCAGGGGGUUUCCGCGGCAAUAAUCAAACAAGCCAACAAGGCCUACAACACAAGGCCCCAGGAGAUCAUGUUGGCGGCCCUCCUGCAUUCCUUUGCGGCGACAUUUCCAGACCGCAGUCUCCCAGCAGUCUAUAUCGAGAGCCACGGGCGGGAGGCACUGUUGCCUGAAAUUGACCUCUCGCGGACCGUGGGGUGGUUUACCACCAUCUGGCCCCUUGUUGUUGAUGCUUCUGGAAGCCUGCCAGAGCUAGUCCGGCGGGUCAAGGACCGCUACCGCUCUGUCCCCCAUAAUGGCCUCGCGUAUUUCGCCUCAGAAUCCAACGAUUUUACCGACUAUGGCGCGAUGGAGGUCAUCUUCAACUACGAAGGCGCGUUCCAACAGCUCGAGACACACGACGCCUUGUUUCGCCAGCCUGCCUGGUCGCCGGACCAGCGCAUGGACGUUGACCCGGCUACACCGCGGUUUGCUGCCUUUGACGUCGAAGUCGUGAUAAUCCAUGGUGCUCUUCGAGUCACGAUGUACUAUCCAGAGCAUGCACGGUACCAGGCUAGAAUUCAGCAGUGGGCAAAACGAUAUGAAACCUUUCUGAUCGAGGCGGCGGAAGUGCUGCCGACUUUGGAACCCAAUCAGCCUACCCUGUCCGACUUCCCCCUUGCGGCUCUGAACUAUAAUUCCCUCGCUCACAUCCAGCGUCUGGCGUCCAUGUGGUUCGGAGACGAUAAGGGGCUCGGAGCAGUGGAGAAUAUAUAUCCCUGCUCGGAUGCCCAUACUGGACUGAUCCAGGGUCAGACUCUUCGAGCGAGCAACGGGCACAAACUAUGCCUGAUAUUCGAGUUGAAAGGAGUGAAGAAUGGGCUUAGUCCCCAGAACGUGGCUCGUGCAUGGCGUCAGCUUGUCCGUCGCCAUUCCAUUCUACGAAGCACCGUUGUUGCGUUACAACGCAGCGAAUCCCUGCGGUAUCUGUGGGUGACGCUCAGGGAGUUGGAGCAGUCAAUUCCAGUGCAGCAGCAAGUCAGUGAUACUACAGGUGACUGUCUCAACGACAUAAUCUCGACGCUAAAGAGCUUGGGAUCCUCAUCCACGACAACAGCCACGGGCUUCCCCGCAAACCAUUCCUUUGCGGUCCUUUCCACGCGAGAUGGUCGGAUCUUCUGCAAGAUACAAGCUGAGCAGUGUGUUUUGGAUGCAACGUCUGUCUCCAUUCUUCUGCACGACCUCGCUUUGAUUCUCCAAGGAAAUAUCCAGCUGGACGUGCCAGGCCCACACUACAGCCAGUACGUAUCUUACCUACAAGACCAACCACGGGACGGGCUCGUCCGGUACUGGAAGCCAGCCAUGGCCCGUGCAAGGCCUUGCGUUCUCGAUUGCAUGCGAACAGCAGAUUCCAAUGGCCCAACUGAACGCGAACAGCCGCAAAAGCUUCGGGUACUGCAACAGCGGUUCGACGAUCUGGAUACAAUCCACGAGUUCUGCUCCCGACACGGGCUGACACUCACCAACGUAUUUCAGGUUGCGUGGGGCCUUGUUUUGAGGGCGCACACGGGCUCCGACUCUGUCUGCUUCGGAACGUUGGUCUCGGGCCGCGACAUCCCUCUACUGCACAGUCUCGAGACCGUCGGGCCCUUUUUUAACCUUGUUCCGUGUCUCUUCGACUUUAAGCGUUCCACGUCAUCAUCAUCACCACCAUCAUCAUCAUCCUCUCUGAUGGACGCUCUCCGCGAGAAUCAAGCUGAGAUGGCGCAGCGUGUGAAAUACCAGCACUUUUCUCUAGCGGAUGUGCUUCCGAGAUCGACGACCGGCUCUGACCCUGCUGUCACUUCCGGUCAGCAGCAGCAGCAACAACAUGGGCCGUUCUUCAAUACCUGCCUCUCUGUCCAGUCUGCGUUUUCAGAGCCGGUAUUACCGAGGAGAAGGACAGCCAGCGACUCGAGGAGUCGCAAUCGCACAGUAACCAUCGAAACCAUCCUAGACGAUGAUCCGAGCGACUAUGACAUCUUCGUUGCGGUCGCCCUGUCCUCGCGAGGCUACGAAAUCAACAUGCGCUUCUGGGACUCAUUCUGUACAGAGGAGCAGGCAGCUGCGAUGCUAGACUUUUUUACCGCGUCAGUACGUCGCCUGAUAUCCGUCUCGGGGGCCUGA